AUGGCUUUACUCCCAGUUGUGCUGUUUCUGGCUGCUGUGCUGCUACCAUCUUUCCCCACCGAAGCAAAGGAUCCAACCUUUACUGCUCUGUUAACCACUCAAACGCAAGUCCAAAGAGAGAUUGUAAAUAAACACAAUGAACUAAGGAAAUCAGUCUCUCCACCUGCCAGCAACAUGCUAAAGAUGGAAUGGAGCAGAGAAGCAGCAGCAAAUGCCCAGAAGUGGGCAAACAAGUGCACUUUAGAACACAGUAAUCCAGGUGACCGGAAGACCAGUACAAAAUGUGGUGAGAAUCUCUACAUGUCAAGUAACCCUACUGCCUGGUCAGAUGUAAUCCAAAACUGGUUUGAAGAGCACCACAAUUUUGUCUAUGGUGAAGGACCGAAGAGCUCCAGUGCAAUUGUUGGACAUUAUACCCAGAUUGUUUGGUACUCAUCUUUCCGUGUUGGAUGUGGAAUUGCCUACUGUCCCAAGCAGAAGAGUCUAAAAUACUUCUAUAUUUGCCAAUACUGUCCUGCUGGUAAUAAUGUGAGUAAAAAGAAUACCCCUUACCAACAAGGAACACCUUGUGCCAGUUGCCCUGGUAACUGUGACAGUGGACUAUGCACCAAUUCUUGCGAGUAUGAAGAUCUCCUUAGUAACUGUGAUUCCUUGAAGAAAAGAGCUGGCUGUGAAAAGGAAUUGCUCAAGGAAAAGUGCAAGGCUACUUGCCUAUGUGAAGGCAAAAUUUACUGA